CGGUGCCCAACCCAUUGGCAACAGUCGCCGUGCAAUCGUCCAAACCGUACUCCACCUCCCGGUAGGCUAGAACUCGAAACGGAAGCGUCCACCUAGGAAGACCAUGAAGCUGUUGGUUGUGUUGUGCUCCCUCGUGGCCCUUGCCGCGGCCCAGCCGGCGAAGAACGACCUGUGGAAGGGCAGCAGCAUGGAUCAGAUGGUCGAUCAGACGAAGAUCGAGUGCGCGCAGAAGAACGACGAGGUCUCUUGCAUGAAGUUCAAGGUCCUCAACCUCCUCGACCAGAUCUUCCGCAAGGACAGCUUCAAGGUAUCCGAAACGGUGGAGGUGACCCGGAACUCGUACCCCGUGGAAGAGGUGUCCGGCCGCAGCGAGGGCUCGUUCUUGGACAACGUGCAGACGUACUUGACCUCUCACGACGUGACCUUCAAACUGCCGAUGGACUCGUCGGUGAAGGUGAGCGCGAGGAACAUCGAGGACGAUCAGCUCACUUUCGACGUGAAGUUCGGGCAGGGUCGCGCCGUCGAGGAGGCCCGCAAGUCCAAGCUGAAGAAGGUGGUCAUCCCGAUUCUCGUGUUCGUCCUGCUCAAAGCGAUGACGCUGAUCCCGCUCGCGAUCGGUGUCCUCGGCCUGAAAGCUUGGAACGCUCUUCAGCUCUCCUUCUUCAGCUUUAUCGUCUCCGUCGGCAUGGCGAUCUUCCAGCUGUGCAAGAAAAUCGCUGCCGACAGCCACGGCGCAGCGUUGACCGCGCACGGCCCGUGGGAGUACCAAGCCCAGUACAGAUCCUUCGACGAGCAGCCGGAUUUCGCGCAGGAUCUCGCUUAUUCGGCGCACGCGCAGUCGUAAACGCGCUCCCGUAUCUCGUUCAUCGCCGCGACUUUUGUAAAAUACCUGCCUUCCUUCUCUCCUCUGUACACUUUAUUUAAUAAAUUAUUAUUGCAUAUUCAAA